GGAAAUACGAUCUCUGAGGAUUUUCGGGUGGUAAUUCCGUCGUAACCGUUUUUGACCCCAACAUUUAACACCAAUCUAAUUCGACUAAGUACUAUACUAGCUAGACUAAGUACUAUCAAUCCGAGUAAGUACUAACUAAGAACCCAUUAAAGCCAAUCAAAUCAGAGCAGAUAGGAAGGUAGAAAGUAAAUAAUUAACAUUUCACACCAAUUCAUUAAAUGAGUUUUAGCUUUUAUUUCAGAUAGGAAGGUAGAAAGCAAAAGUAGAUUACUAUUUGUUUUUAAAAAAAUGCAAAGAACAAAGACUAUGAGGUACCUUAUUACAGAAACUCGCGAGGUACGCCACGCUCAUUUGAACCCUUUGCAACUAUUCCUGAAAAACAUGAGAUAAAACAGUCAAAUGUGUUAUCCAAAUUCCAUUAACUACAACGAAAAAGCAUAAGGACAGAUACUAACCACGCAGAAUCAAUAUGACCAAACCUAUUAAAACUAAUAGACACACCAUUAGCUUAGCUCUUGAUUUCUUCUUUGAUAGCUCAUAUACUGUCUUCUCAAGAUUAAGCAGCUUCUGCUCACUCUCAUCACCUUCCUCCUUGAGCUGCCUAAGUUGUGUCUGAAAGUCCCUCAUCUCCUCCAUGACUGCCACGUCCCACCAUUUCCAAACGUGGCAGUUUCCAUCGUCAACAUUGUGGCACGUAAAGUACCUUCUGUAUGGAUCUUUAGGAGUGUAAGAGCAUCCGAGAACAGGCUCAGCACCACAGUAGCUUGCCGGGAUUCCAUCAUCAGCCUCUGGUUGAAGUUGGUACUGAACCGGCUCUGCAUUGCAGUCGCUACUGUCAGCUUCAUCGGCGUACAUCUCAGCUUCUGCUUGAAGAAGGGAGGUUAUGUCUAGAGAGUCUGAUGAUGAAGAUGGCUGGCUGUAGCUGUAAUCUUGUCCGAUUUUCGUUAACCUGAAAGAAAUGAUGUAAGAACAUUGUUAAACAACAAUAAUCAUCACGAAACCAACGAAAGCAACGAGUUAGAAAACAUAAAGAGAAGAGUACAUCUUAGAGCAACGAAAUCAUCGAGCAAGAAAGCAAAUAACAUAUCGAUUGAACAAAAAUGACAAUCAAUGGGUUUUGAAACCGUAUAAGAAAAAAAAAUAAGAUCCGCUUCCGAUUGAAACCAAAAUAGUUUCGAAACCCCAUCUACAAACACAAAGAAUCCCCAAAUCGAAUUAUACCCAAAUCGUUUUGAAACCCUAAUUUCAGAAGUAAACCCAAAUCGAUUGAAACCCCAUAGCCCAACCCUUAAUUGAGAGGAAACAAGAUGAAAACUGAUCCAAAUCGAGAAAUCUACAAGUUUAGGCUUCGAUUCUCCUUGCUAAAGCCAACAGAGAGAAAUCACCGAGAUGUCGCCUUUCCCUCGAGAGCUCUUUUUUUUCCGGCUUCGGUCGAGACUGAAGAUUUUUUUUUGACCCAACACAAACACAAACCGACCACGACCCACUCACACACUGCCACGUACACAAGGAUCAAGUCCUUAAAAUCCUUCGCGACGGACCAAUCCUUAGAUUAAUUAGGAUAAUUAAUAUUAUUAUAUCAGAACUAACCUAAGAAUUAGCGCUAAGGAUUCGUUAUUAUCCCCCAUUGCGGGUGCUCUUAUUACUUCCCUUCUUUUCAUCACCACAUAAUUGUUGGACUCAAUAAACAAAAAACCGGCAGCCCAAGCCCAUUAGCGUUUGACUUCGACCAAACCCGAUUUAGACGAGUUACAUAUAGCGGAGGUUAGCAGUUCAGCCUAGGAGAGGCCCGGUCGAGAACACCCCAUUAACAAGAGGAAGACAAGGUCAACACGAUGAGGGCGAAAUCCCGAUCAUAUAAGAAGGGAGGGAACCAAAGUAGAGAAGACACAUAAAACCCUAGCGAUUUACCUCAAACAUAUUGACCUCAAUCUCAAGCUCUCUUAUUCUGCUUUUCAGACUUUGUAUUUGAUCUUAGUUUUUCUUAAAUUAUAUUUUCGAUUUCAUCUCACCAUUAUAUUUGCCAAACUUUAUCAAUAAAAGUCCAUUUUAGUCAACCGGAAUCUGAUUAGAUCGUUGCCCGCGUUAUUUCUUUCUAAAUCUUUACAAACAAUCAAUAUCAAAUACUUAGUGUGAGUUUUAGGAUCCACAUUUUGGCGCCUCUGCAGGACAAGAGAAACGAAAAACAUCCUUGCUAAGAACCCGAUUUAAGGUUCCUAAGCACGAUCAUGGAUCCCACUCAAAUCCCAUUCAGUUCCGUCAAACCGGGAGUAACUAACUUCUGUUUCUCUAAACCAGAACCGAGAAACCGAACAUCGAUGGGGGCCCAACUAUACAUGCCUUCCCGCUAAAAUACGAAGCGAUGGCCGAGCCAAAACAGAACAAUCUGUUAGAAAACGACUCACCAUUUCCGACGAUAACCAAUCCAAAAGGAUUAGAUUGUUUUACAUGAACAUGAAACGAUUAAAAUCGAUAAACCUCACGACGAUGUCCUAGUCGUUGAAUUGGACUUAGGAGGGACCACCUUCUCGAAGAUUCUAAUCAACGAGCGCAAGUAACAUCCUUUCACUGGAAGCCUUCAAAACAAUCUGCUAUCCUGAGCUCAUAAUGACUCACGGAACAACGCCGGCAGAGUAAUGGUACAACUGUUAGGAAUCGCGUCGCUGAUCGUCAAAACCUGCGACCUCCAACUCAAGGCCGAGUUUGCAGUAACGAAGCAUUUCAUCCCCUUCGACGCUAUAUUAGACCGACCUUGGCUACAUGAUAUACCUUGGAUUUUACUCACUUUUACCCAUAAUUUAUAUGUGUUUAUAGAGUAUUAUAUAUGCAUUUUGGAGUCUUUUAGAGUAAUUACAGGUUCAUGUACCUAUUGGAGUAAAGUGAUGAUUUUGGGACAAUUUGGAGCUUUUAUGAAAGCAUUGCUGAAAACAUCAAAGCGGAGUCGAUUAAAGAAAACAUCGAUCGAUGGAUCAAUAUCAAUGUCGAUCGACGGCAAGCCAUCCGCGAAACCAACUUAAGGAAAUUACGAGUUUUACUCAGAAGUUCCAUGAUUUGUUGCACCAUAAAUCCUUGGCCGCCUGUUAGGCUAAUUAUUAGGGUUUCUUAUGUUUUACCUAGACACAAACUUUUAGAGAGAGAUAUUUUUGGAGGCAGAAAUUUUUACAUGAGGAAGAAAGCUUAGGAUUGGAGAGAGGGAUCUGAACUUCAUAAACAUAAAAGAUCUUAAACUCCCUUGUCCUAUUACUCUAUUCUGUUUGCUUUUCAUAUUUAAAUUAUUGAGUAUUAUUCAGACCAUCAUAAUGUUUCUUAUGAAUAUGUCUGAGUAGUCUUACUGUUAGAUUUAGGGUUCUUCAAAGGUUGAUAUAUGUAUUGCUAAAAUGAAUAAUAAUUAGAAAAGUAAAUAGUUGUUCAUCUAAUUGUUUUUAGUGCUAAUUCUAGGCUUGAUCAACCUGAACUUAGAUCUUAGGAUUAAUUGGCGCAAGCGGAAGCUUGGAUAAUUACAUGAAACUAAACUAGUAUGAUCUAAUUAAGUAGAUACACACGGAAGUUUGUCUAUGAGACUAGAUAACCUAUCAAACCCACUCGUAAAGCCUGCUAGAAUAAACAUCGAUCGACGUAACAGUUGCUAUAUCGAUUGACGUUUUAAAAGGUGUAUUGAUCGACAUUCAAAUAGAACAUUGAUCGACACUUUUUCAUGAUUAACAAACGAGAGUUGAAAUCUGAGAUCUAGACAAUAGAUAAUCUAAAUAAAAAAAAGUUGAUAGAUUAUAAUUUAAGUUUGAGUUCAAGAACAAUUAACAUUUAUAAACUCCUAAUAAUUCACAGAAAGCAUAACUUGUCAUAUCUGAGAAACCACCUGAAUCUAGCUAUUCAUCUUUAAUUGCUUAAAACCUAAAACCAAUCAUCUGAACAACUGCAUUAUUCACCAAACCUGUCUUGUUCACCAAACCACCUGAAUAUAGCUAUUCAUCUUUAAUAUACCAUAUUGUCCAGGAAUAAGGAUCUCUGUCUAAUCAUGGCUCAACAAUGAUGUUCUUUCUCCAGAAGAGAUAAUUCAUAUUAGCGCAAAUACUUGGUACUGAAAAGAUAUCUGCCUCCUAAACAUACAAACAUAGAACCAUAUAUGCCUUAAGAUUUAUCUAAAAACAAAACUUAAAACUGAGCUACUGCGUAUUAGUCGGUAUCAAUCUCUGAAAAUAGUUUGGAGGUCAGCUCCGACAUCCCCCAAUAAAAAAAAUCAUGAAUAUAAUUAUACCAAACACACGACCUGACGGUCUUACUAUAUCUGACGUGUAGAUGGCAGGCCAACAAGCAACCUAAAUAUAAAUCUGAAUGCAGUUUGGUACCAACAACUAGAGCUAUAUUGAUGACCUAUUUGACGUUUUCGGUUGAUACAUAAUUUAAGUGUAUUUUUCAAAUUGGAAAAUAUUUUUUCAAUAAGCCAAUGAUUCUUUUUUCGUCAGCAAUAUAAAUAGAUUUUUAAGACUCUGCAAACUAAACUGAUAAAUAUGUGUGCACCUGGAUGACGAAAGACCAUGAUUCAAAUGCAUGAAAUAUAUUUGAUAUAUUUAUCUUGUAAUAAUUUGUAACUAAAGAAUAAAUUUGAUUCAUAUGUCUUUCUUAUGAAAUUUCUUAUUACAAAACAUAUUUAGUAAUAGUACUGAGUUGUUAGAGAACAUAUUUAAGCAAAAGCAUGGAAACUCGUGUCAUUGAAUAAGUUCUUGAAUAAGACAAAAGAAGGAAGCAAGUAGAAGAGACACGAGAGAGAACCUUGUAGGGGUACCCACCUUGUCGUACAUACCACAUGAUUUUAAGUCUUCCGAAAUGUUAAGAUUGUAUAUUAUUUACAUUAUUAAUUUGUAUUUGGGGACAAAAUAUAAAGAGAUAUAAUCAAACAAAAGAGGUUUCGGUCAAAAAAAAAAACAAAUGAAAACAUCUUGCGGAAAUAUAUAAAAUAUGUGUUUAAUUAAAAAAGAACUUUUGGGUGCAGAUGUUUCCUUUUAUCCUUAUUCGCUUUGUGAACUUUUGGAGAUUCACGUGUCUCGGGUUAUAAAUUAGACUCAUAGUUUCACGCCAUUCGAUUUGUAUUUUUCUCUUUGUUUUACCCUUCACGUUCUAAUUUUGAAAACAGGAAUGUGAAUUAUUAUCUUAUACAUUAGAUUUUAGAAGAAGCAGAGAAGUCAUGUGAUGAAAGAAGCCAUUCGUGGUUUCAAACUUUAGUUCACUUUCGAGAUUAGAAUAGAAUCUUCUAGCUCUCCAAACACCAUAGGGGCAUGUAAUGCACUGAUACGCGCGCGCGCGCGCACACACACAUGACGUAUUAUAUAUGAGACCACUAUCGCCAAAAGGUGGUGCGUAUGCAAUAAUCAAGAGUCCAACAAAAAUUCAAGUUAUAUGAUUGUAUCAAGUCAAAUUCAUGCAUGAAAAAACAUUUUCAUAGGAUUAACAAAGGAAAAUGAACAAGAAAGGAAAGAUAGUCUGCGCUUGUCUUGAUUUUCUAAUUAUUAUUUUAUAUAGUAUCAGCACGAACAUAUUCAACUCGUCCAAUACUUUUAAAAAAAAAAAACUCGCCCAAUACUUAACUCAACUGUCACAGUCACUAUUGAUAUGGAUGUUUUUAUUUACUUUUAGUGACACUAGACGAUUCCCUUUUGUCUAUUUGAUCUUCGUUUCCACAUUCCACAAUCUUUUUUUUUUCCUUAAAUUAUAUCUUUUUGUAAUCAUCGCGUUUUUAUGAUAUAUUUUUCUUGUAAUCAUCGCGUUUUAUGAUAUUUGUUGUUGAGUAAUCUAAUCUAUUAAUUUAAAUUCUUAUUUUUAUCUACUACAAGGAUAAGACAUGCGCCUUGCACAAUAUGAGUUUAUUUACAUAUAUUAUCGAUAAUUUUUUUUUUAUAUUUGAUCAUUUUAUUUAUACAUAUACAAUAUUUUUUGUUGUUAUUAUAUAAUUUUUUUUUGAUAGACUGGAUCAAUUUUUGUUAAAAAUUAUGGAACUAAACUAUAAUUAAUAUAUCAUGAAUUGAUCGGAUUGGACAUUAAGCAAAUUAUGACACAAAAAUCUUAUUCUUUUUUCCUCCGAAAACAUUCUUAUGAACAAAGUGAACAGUAUUGUUUCCAUAGUUGAAUUAUUUUAACUUUUAUCUUCCAUAUGGUUUUGAAAGGUUUCAGAUCAACCAUUGAAUUGAUACAUGUCAUUUUAAUGAUUUUAGUCGUAUGCUUAAGUAAUAUUUACAUUUUUGUAAUUUAAAGUUAUUUUAAAAAUUCAAAAUAUAACAUUAAGAAAAAUAUAAGAAAAAUAUAACAUAUAAGGUUUCCUCCGUUUUGUAAUUUAAAGUCGUUUUAAAAUUUUUAUAACGUAUAAGGUUUUCUCAUUUUUGCAAUUUAAAGUCAUUUAAAAAAUUUAAAAUAUAAAAAUCUAUUUUUAUUAUUAUAUGGUUAAUGUGAUUGUUUAAUUUCUUUAAUAAUAUAAAAUUAAACAAAAAUAAAGAAAGAUGCAAAAAUUAUCAAAUCUUUCUUAUUCAUAGUCAUUAAUUGUCAUAUAUAUGUUAAUCAUAUUAGAUAAUUUCGUAGCUUUUAAUUAAGGAAAUAAUACAUAUUUCUUAUAUUUUGCGUUAAUAUAAUAUUCUCUAGUAAUUAAUUUGGACCAAUAUUUUUUCAAUUUAUUCUUAAGCUGCCACGUAAGAUAAACUGACAUCCUAGUUGAGUAACAUCUAAGCAAGGUCUCUUUUUAAUUAGUACAAAAUUAAGGUUAUAAUUUUUUAAAUAAUCUUCGAUUAAUAUAUAGGGGAUUAACAAGUCAUAGUGGGACCACUUAAAAAGUACUCCCUUCGUUUCAAAAUAGGUGAUGUUUAAGGAAAGUUUUAUAGUUUUCUAAUAACAUAUUAUAUGAACUAAAAAGUUAUUAUAUACUAUUAUAUAUUUGUGUAUAAACAUUUUUAAACAAUAUAUUGUUGAGAGUUUCAAAAAAAAAAGAUAACAUAUAGUUGUAGUAUAAAAGCUUAACUAUGUUAGUAAAUUUAUUUUUGUAUAAAAAGUUAAUUAUUUUACCAAUUUUAAAUCAUUUUAACGAUAAGUGAUAAUUUAUUUAAAAGAAAUAAUUUAAAAAAAAAAAUUUGGUAAUUUACUUAUUUAAUAUAAUUUUGUUCUAUUUAAUUCAUAAAUCACUUCUCAGGCUGUUAGGGGCGAGGAAUGUUCGGGCUAGUUUUUCUCCUUUUCAUUCGGAGAUGGAAUCACUACUCUUGACAAUGGAAUGCAUGAGAAAAUUACGUCACUUUUAGAUCACGUUUGCAACAUAUUGCUCUCAAUUAAUGAAGAUGGUUUCGGAACCAGAAAAAUGGACAGCUUUUGCAAAUUAUUUGGAAGAUAUUAAGGUUAUGAAAGAAAGUUUCCUCCAAUCAGAGAUUAUCUAUGUAUCAAAGACGCAAAAUACAAAGGCGGAUAGCCUAGCACGCAGUGUCAAAAAACAACCAUUUUUCGUAGUUCACAUGGCUCAAGAUCUUCCGAUUUGGUUUACAUAGUCAGUACGAGUUUGUAUAAGUAGAUGACAAAAAAAAUCAUAAAUCACUUUUAUUUUAUAUAAUACAGAAUAUAAUUAAAAAAAUUAUAAAAAUAUAGUAUAUAUUUUUUAUUUUCUUGUUUUAAAAUAAAAUUCUAAUUAGCACUAAUUUAUAAUAAUAUUAGAUUACCAAUAAUGAAAUUAAUUAACGUGUUAUUUUAUAAAAAAUACUUAAAUCUUUAGUAACAUUCUGUUAGAUUUUUUCUGAACAGAAAUUAUUACAAUUAAAGAAAUUAAAUUUAUAGCUGAUUUAAUAUUAAUGUAAAUAAUCAAAUAUGUCAUAUUAACUAAUUCCUUAAGUGAUGCUACUAUGACUUGUUAAUAGUAGAUAAAAACAUGACAAUAAAUUAAUAGAUUAAAAUUAUAGAGUUGUACAAUAUAUAACACUAAAAUAAAAAUUAUAUAUAUUUAAAAAAUUUAUAAUAAUAUCAAAUUUAUUUAUAAAAUAAAAAAAUAUAUGCACAGACGUGCGGAUCAAAAUCUAGUUAUCUCUUAAAAUCGUAUCGUUCGAUAUCCUUUUCAUUUUCUCUAAUGAGAUAUUUUUGUGGAGAUAUGCACCAUACUCUUAAUCACUAUAGAAUAUAGAAUAUAACAAAUAUGAAGUAAUUAAGAACAUAUAAUAUGUGAACUCCUGUAUCGAAAUCAUGAAAGGGUCCUAGCCUUUUAUAAAAAAAAAAAAUCAUAUAUGAAAGGGCUCGAAGAGAAAAAAUAGUUUGCAAGAAAAGUUUGGAGUAUGUCUGUUUCUCCAUCGAAAACCUCAAUAGAUCUUCUUGAAAAUCUACAAAACAAAAUAACCAAAAUAAACAAUUUUACAUAACCGAGUAUAUUCUAUUAUAACCUCAAUCGUUCUUCUUGAAAAUCUACAAAACAAAAUAACCAAAAUAAACAAUUUUACAUAACCGACUAUAUUCUAUUUUCUCUCAUUCAAUAUGUAACAUAUUUUAGAACUUUUUGUUAUUUCACAAUAUUCCUAUAAGUUAUAUUUAUAUAUUUAGAUAAUUUUAAUUUUAUCAAAAUGGUGUAACUAAUUAAAUUUAAUCUAUUUUAUUUAUAAUUGCAAAAAUUAAAUUUAAAUUAUAUUUUCAAUGAUAUUUUUUUAAAAAAAAAUCAUAUAUUAUAUAUGAAUGAAACAAAUCAGCCAAACCCAUUUAGCACUCUCGUGUAAAUGAUGUUUUCUGGCAUGCUGACAUAUCAGAAAUAUGAUAAUUUAUUUACUAAUCUGGAGGUUUGUGGAGAGAAUAAAACCAACUUUGUAUAUAGAUAAUUAAGACUGAUAAAUAUUUAGAUAGUAUGAUGUGGGGUUAGUUAUCUAAAUUAUGCAGAACAAAAACAUUUUAUUGUUUUAAUCCAAAUUGUUCAUAGCGAGUCUGAUGGCUCAAAACCAAAAAAAAAAAAUGUCACAAAAUAUUUAGAUAAUCUGAUGUAGAUGACUGUUAAUCCUGUUGACUGGCUGGCAUUUAUUUGGAAUUCAACAUAUUUCAUAUUUUUGGAUCAAGAAAUGUGCGUGCAGAUUCUCUUGAUAAGCAGACAAAAAAUAGUGUUUUCUUUUCUCAUGUAAAUCAGAUUCGAUGGGAGCGAACGUUUUCUAUAACGACUCAAUAUGUUGACUACCAUUUGAUCCUAUUGAAUGGGCGCAGACCAAAAAGGGGUAAAAGAUGUAAAUAGGAGUAGCAUCCCUCUAGAUUCUCUCUUCUCGUUUUGUUUGAAUAGAUGAAAAUAUGAUUGAUCAAGUUAUAUAUUCAAAUUGUGUUUACAGUCUCUUUCUAGUGUAGUUGAUAUUCAAUAUCAACAUUUUCAUUAAUAUCACGGGGCAUAGAUUAAUUUCUUAACAAGGGAUAUUUAUGAGUAUAGUAAGGAUAUUUAUGAGUAUAGUAGGGAUAUUAACUUAACUUGUAAUUUCUUAAGAAGGGAUAUUUGUCUUUGAUUUAUCAACAAAAUGGCUAAGCUUAUCUUCUCUUAAAAAAGAACAACUAAUUUGAUUGGUGAUUGAUUGAUAAACAAUAAUAAAUUUUAUUUAAUAUUAUUUAAAACAUUUGGCAAUUUAUUCUCAGUGACUACAUACAAAAAGAAAAUUAAAAAUUUCUGAUAUAAAAAAUGAAAAAAAUGAAAUGAAAGUUUAUGUAUCAAUAAUUUUACAAAAUUUUAACCUAAUUGGUAUAAAAUCUGAUGAACAAUAAAUUCAUCAUAAUUUAUUCUAAUAGCCACCACCACUUAAAGCUUUUAUCUUUCUACAUUUUGUGUAAGUUUCCCGCUAUAGAUUCUUAUUAAAUCACGAAUUCUUUUGUUGGCUGUUUAAGAACUUUUACAUAUACUUCAUCUUCUGUCUAUUUUUGUUCCUUUUCCGUCUAGAUUGUUUUUAUGGCUGUCAUUUUUCAGUAUUGAGUGAAAUUUUAUUUCUCUUAAGGCUUUCCUAGGCACAAGUUCAAAAGUAAAGGAUUGUUUUACAUGAAAAUAUAGAUGCUAUUUUCUAUUUACUUCUAUAAAUUUAGAAAUGACAUUUUUAUAGAAUACAUGAAAAUAUAGAUGAUAUGAAAGCACUAUAUAUAUUAUUUCUUUUGAUCAAAACAAGCUUAUAUUAAGCUCGAUGUUUAUUCUACUCGAGAGCAGAAGAACUUAGGUGAUACAACGCUGAUUUCGCUAAACUUGGAAUGAAAAAAAAAAGAGAUAGAGGUGAAAGACUGAGCCAACAGAUGAAAUCUAGCAGUUGUUUCUCCCUCAUAUUAUAUCACGAAUUCUUUUGUUGGCUGCUUAAGAACUUUUACGUAUACUUCAUCUUCUUAUUUUUAAAGCAAAAAGAAAAAGUUUAUUUACCGUGAUAUAAUAUGAGGGAGAAACAACUGCUAGUUGCCCGAGGAAAAGCAGAGCCUCAUGUGAUAGACACAUGACCUAGGAAACUAAAAGAAGAGGGGAUAUACACAUGACAUACUUUUAGUUUAAAAUUACAUAAUUUAUGUUAUUCACAUAAAUCUAUGUCAGAUUUAAUAAGUAACGUUACACUUUGCAAGAUCCAGAAAGAUGAAGGAACUCGUAUAGACUUUUAAAUUACCAAUGGACAGUUCAUUUAACAAUGAUAUAUGUAAUAUUAUUAUGAAUGAUAUGUAUAAGUUUUAAGAGCUUUUGUGUGUGUCUGUGUGUGAGGUUUUACAAAUAAUAUAUUUGCUGAAGUAUUCAAAUAAAGAUGCAAACUGUAUAUAUAUGGAAAAUGACUUUAUAUUUGAUUAUUCGAUGGGAUAAAAGAAAGAAAAGAAACCAGUUUGUUGUGGAUGAAACGAAGGAAUGCCAUUUCAUGUAGAGAAGAACAUAGAAGAAACCUCAUAAAGAAAAAAGUGUUGACUCAACAGACAAAAAAAUAUAGCAAAAAGGGUAAAUACAGUCAUAGAAUUGGUAUAUAUACUAUAUACUACUAAGCUUGUAUUAUUGGAUUGUUUAGGAAAACAAGAGAAGGAAGUGGUGGGUGACGGAAGGGAUCGUCGUGUCAGAAAAGAAAGAAGGAAGAAGGCGUCACGGGUUUGCCUUGAAAGCCACUUUUUCUUUCUUAAUUUAGUUUAUUUUAAUUUCAGACACUCAGACACAUAUUCCCUCCGUCUGCUCAUCAAUCGAGGUUGCUAACUUCCAAAAACAUAUUUUUACAUUUUUUUUUUUGAACACGAUACAUAUUUUUACAUUUUACUCACUUUUUUGCUUAAAAUUUCUUUAUUUUUCAGCCCAUUCGCUCUGAUCCAAAAUUAAAAAAUAUUUAAAUUAAUUUAAGUAUCAUUGAUCUUUAAAAUAGCUUAAGCUAAUCCUUAAAAUAAGAUAUAACUUAAUUUUUUUUUCUGAAUAUACAAAUAGACCGAAAACAAAGAUUCAUAUCUAGAAAUAUUAUUUUAUGAAUAAGCAAAUAGACCCAAAACAAAAAUAUGUAUCCACAUGAUUGUUGAGAAGCAAUAUGACUUAAUUUUACAGAGUAAUAAAUUGAAUGUAAAAUAUAUUGACAUCCCUAUUUAGAGUAAUUUAAUUUAAUAUAAAUUAAAGUAUCUUUUACAAUUUUUAUCGUCACUUUUUAUAAAAAAGAAUUAAAGUAAAUAUUUAUUAAUAUUUCCCAAAAGGUUAUCACUACAAAAAGUUACAAGUAAAAAUUUGGUAAAAUACUGAAAUUAGCAGUUCCAACAUUUCGAACUACAAAUAGACCGAAUUAUUUCCAACAACUGAAAUUAGCAGUUCCAAAAAUAUGGUGGUUCAUUUCGUUUACAAUUAUUUUACGUUUACAUGAAAUAUUUUAUUGUAUUUUGUUUAAAAAUAACCAAACAUGUUAACGGUUUUUUUGUCAGCAACAUAACAGACUCAUACAUAUUCUGUAAAACAAACUAAUAGCUCCAUAUCCAUAUGGACAACAAACGACGGUUGUUAAUGGUUAUUUGUAUCGAAUAUUUUGUGAAAUUUACAAAUACACAUAUUCUAAUUAGUCUAAUUAACUUUCCUUACUUACCGGGCAGGAGCACAUCAGAUUUAGAGAAAUGAUAUCCUUUACCUUUUUCAAAUUUAUUUCUUUGAUAACACUUUUAAUUUCUUCAGGCUCAUUCCAAAUUGUUUUGGCCAUGAACAAUGGAGAGGAUGCAUAAUGCUUUCCAAAAUAUGAAUUAAUUUUAUAUAGUCCAAAGUUUCUAUUUUGAAUAUUUCCAACACCUUUUAUAAUGCAUUCAUGUUAUGGCCGGAUUUGUUUUAAAAAAAGGCAGAUAUGAUGUUUGGAAACAAGAUAUAUUGUAAAAUAAAUUGUAUAUGUCUCCAAUUUUUUUUAACCACUAAAGCUUAAAUGUUUGAAAGUUGUUACUUCAAAUCUCAGCUGAACAGUGUUAAUAUUCAAGUUAAAUCCGAUUCAAUUUCAAGUUUGAUCUUAAUUUCGAUCUAAAUUUAUUGAUCAGUCAACCGCAACACGAAAAAUUAAGAACACUAGACAAAUGUUUACCAUACUUUAUUUUUUACAUGUCUAGAGAGGGAACAAAACUCUCAUCAUCCAUUAUUGAUCAAUUUGAUACAUUAGUUAACUCAUAUACUGUUUCUUUCAGGUGUUACCUGUCUGAAGAGCUUAGUAGAGAAGGUUACAACAGUGAAGACGACAGCAACAUCGCGUACUCAACCAAUGAUACUUUGUCAACCGGAACAAAUGUUCGUAUCCUAUCCACCAAUAGAAAGCUAUCAAUCUCACGAGCUAUUGAUCGCACCAGAUCUCUCUCUUUCUCUCUCUCUCUCUUAAUUUGUUUUUUCUGUUUGCUAUGUUUUCUCUCUCUCUCUCUACACAUGAAUAAGACGAUGGAUGUUAAAACUGUUAGAGCAUCUUACUCUUAUCAGAUGACCUGGGCCAUUCUAACCGACUCAGCCAAAGCUUCUUUUCUGGUCUUCCUCUAAUAGCCAUUAGAGCCUCUGCAUUUGAUCUUGACCUACUUGUGAGGCUUUUCUCAUUUAGUUCAAUUUUUUUAGCUUAAGUUGAUGUAGUAACAUCCUUUACCGUCAAGGUUUCUUUCCCGUUUUUAUACUUCAGCGUGUGUACCAACGAAUGAUAUUGAGGAGCAAUACUUGUGAGGAUUUGAAUGGCUUGAUGUUGAGGCUAGUCAGAUCAUCAGUUAGCUUUGGAUUUUCUUUAAUACUCUUACUCUCCACCAUUUUAUAUCUUGCAAGACUUUUGUUUCAAUUAUAUGCGAUUUGGUAGUGUUUGGGUUUGAUAAUCUUCCUCUAGAGCUUUCUAAAACCCUAAAGUUGUUGUUAUUUUCAUGACCUUCCUCAAGACCAUGUUGAUCAAGCAAGAGCAUAUCAGUUUCCUUGUGCUAGUAGAGAAAUUUGGCCAUGCAUGAGGAUCCCUAAGCAUUGCGAUUAAGUUCUUGCAGUCCAUUCUAAAGGUUCGAUAGGUAGAAUGACAUGGCAUACUUUCCAUUUUCCGACCAAGUUCUUCUAGUUCUGAAUGCAGAGAGGACUCCCUUCUUUGAUUUCUUGAACCCAAAAGUUGGAUUUGUCCAAACGCGUAUUUCCAAAUCCAUCCACAACCACUAAAUUCCGAUGUAGAAGUCCAAGAACCAUAUACCAACCAUAUAUUCUACAAGCAUACAACUUAUGAAUUAAUAAUACCUGGUGACUGAGCCUCUAAAAUAGUUGUUGCAUGUGCCAAGAACCAAGCAUUACAUUAUCCUUCCACAUGUCUAAUCAGCUCUAGUGGUUGUCUGCCAAUUCCUCUAAAUAAUUUAUUAUUUAGUGUUUUCCAAAGACACAAAUUAUCCAUAGCUAAUGAUCUCUAUCAAAACCGGAUCCUCAAUGUUGUUUCCGGCAAGAAGAGAUAGUCCAUAUUAGUGUAGACACUCAAGACUGGAACAUGUUUGGAGUGUGCUUGAUAAGGCCCAUACUUCUAAAACUAGAGGACAUUCAAAAAUAGGAUGAGUCACAUAUUCAUCAGGUUCUCCACAUCUAGGACACUGAUUAUCACAUCAAAUAUGACAACGUGCCAGAUUCUUUGUUAUCGCUACAUGAUCUGUUACCAUUUGACAUAUAAAAUUUUGCAUAUUCAGAGGAGCAUUAAUUUUCCAAACGAAGGUUUGAAGCUUAGUGAUACUAGGCUCUAACUAUACUACCUCAGUUUCAUGAUUUAGGAUAUUUCUAGUAACUAAGUAUCUAGACUUAACAAUAUAUUGAUCACUAUUCAUAUAGCUCCAACAAUACAUAUUUCGAUGUGUAAUUUGGCAUAUGGCCAAGCUCUGUAUUAGUGGUAUGUUCUCAUUCUCCAACGAAGGUUUGAAGCUUAGUGAUACUAGGCUCUAACUAUACUAUUUCAGUUUCAUGCUUAAGGAUAUUUCUAGUGACUACAUAUCCAAACUUAACAAUAUAUUGAUCAUUAUUCAUAUAGCUCUAACAAUACAUUUUUCGAUGUGUAAUUUGGCUUAUGGCCAAGCUCCGUAUUAGUGGUAUGUUCUCUGGCACAACAAAAUUCUCCAGCAUUUCCACAUCUCAUUCCUUUGAAUCAUCUAAUAAGUGUGAACAUUUGUAGUAAUUGACAUGAUUCUCCUACAUAUAAUUUUGUCAAUAUACCAACUAAGACAAUCUCUAAUGUACUUUUCUCUGUAGAAAAUAAAUUAUUUUCUCUCAAUUCAUUUAAUUUUACUUUUAUAUUAAAAAGAUAUUUAAAAAAUAUUUUUAUGUUUUAUCCAUAACACAUUUAUAUAAAAUUUAAAAUAAUGUUAUUUAUUUAAUUUUUUUUCAUCAAUUAGGAUACUUAUCAAAACUAAGCAUAUACUAUAUAAAUAUUUAUAUUUCAGGGUGCAUAAAAAUAUAUAACACUGAAUUUUGUUUAUAAAAUUUACAGUUUGAUUCUAUAUAUUUGAUUUUUCACAAAAUUUUAUGAAUUAUGAUAUUGUAUAUUAAGUAUUUAUUAUAUUAAACAUUACAUUACAAAACGACAUGGUCAAGCGGAACAAACACUAAUCUAAAAAAAUGACAUGGUCAACAACACGAUCAACAAGCUCCUCCAUCUACCUAAUUUGGAUAAUAUUUUAACAAAUUAGGUGAAUCUUUAAACAAUUUACCAGAAUAUUAAGUAAUUACUCUCUAUGGUUUUAAUUUUAGGUUAUGUUGCUUAUUUUUAAAUUUAGUACUUAUUUUCUUUCGCUAAUCUUAUAAAAACUAUAUGCUUCAAGUGUUUCAUUUUUUUUUUACUUCAAAUGUGAUAAAUAAAUUAUAUGUUAUAAAACUGUUACACAAAAGUGAUAGGACUUCAAACGUAUAUAUACUGUGUUGGAUGUAAUUAUGUAUCGUUUACAUAAUUAAAUAAUGUAAAUAAGAAAUAAAAAGAUUAAAAACUAAAAGAACUAAAAUAUAAAUAAAAAUUCCUCUCGAAAAUAAAGUAAAAAAAAAUGAGUUACUCUAUACAUAUAGAUUAAAUUUAUCCACUACUUCUACGGUAGAAUUGGAAAAAAAAUAUUUUAUAAUAAAAUGUAUGAUAUAAAAUAGAGUAGGAUUAGAGAUGUUUUUAUUCAUAUACUUUUUUCAUCUCAAAUUUUGUAGCCAUUAUAAUUAUUUUUUUCUGGACAUGCUAAAGUAAAUACACGAGUCUUCCAAUUUCAUAUAUAGCAGGAGAGAUAUUCCUAAACUAUUACAAAUAUAUAAAUGAAAAUAUUUAAAGCAAAAAAAAAGUUAGUAUUUAGUAGUUACACACGCGGGGCAACACACGAUAACCUCCAAAUAAAUAUAAAGCCGAAAACCGAAGAAUUGCUCACUCACUAUACACAGUCUUAGAAAACAAACACGAUUGUCUCUUUCUCUCUCCUCUCUUUCUGUAUCUCAUCCCUUUCAGUAAUGGCGAUGAUGGUGGAGAAUAGCUAUGGUUACGGUAGUGGAGGCACCGGAGAAAGGAUACAGUUAAUGGUGGAAGGUCAAGGCAAGGCGGUUCCUGCGCCGUUUCUGACUAAGACGUACCAGCUUGUCGAUGAUCCAGCGACGGAUCAUGUCGUUUCUUGGGGAGACGAUGACACUACUUUCAUCGUUUGGCGUCCACCGGAGUUUGCUCGUGAUCUUCUUCCUAAGUACUUUAAACACAACAACUUUUCUAGCUUCGUUCGUCAGCUCAAUACUUAUGGUUUCAGAAAGAUUGUUCCAGACAGAUGGGAGUUCGCUAACGAGUUUUUCAAGAGAGGAGAAAAGCAUUUACUCUGCGAGAUCCACCGGAGAAAAACAUCUCAGAUGAUACCAAACCAACACUCUCCGUUCAUUACUCACCAUCCUCCGCCGCAGAUUCCAUUCUCCGGCGGCGCUUCUUUCUUCCCUUUACCACCGCGUGUCGACGCCGCCGCCGCUUCAAUGGACGAGCGUUACUGGUGCGAAUCUCCGCCGCCGAGACCACGAGCCAUACCCACUACCGUGGAUGCGCAAGUCACCGCUUUAACCGAAGACAACGAGAGAUUACGACGGAGCAACACGGUCCUAAUGUCAGAGCUUGCUCAUAUGAAGAAACUAUACAACGACAUUAUCUACUUUGUUCAGAAUCAUGUCAAGCCUGUUGCUCCAAGUAACUCUUACUUACCAUCUUUCCUACAGAAACAGCAACAACCUCCUCCUCCGCUCGAUUAUUACAAUAAUGCCACUGUCCCUAAUCACUCUCCUCCUACUUCUCAAAGCUCCAUUAGUGUUCUUGAAAAUGAGACUAAUUACAAGGAGAAUAAUACGAGGAAGACAAAGCUUUUUGGAGUUUCAUUGCCUUCUACCAAGAAAAGAUCACAUCAUUUUUCACAUCAAAGUAGCAAAACUCGACUGGUGUUGGAUAAUUCAGACCUUGGAUUGAAUCUCAUGACUGCUUCUACCCGUUAAAAGUCUUUUUUCUUUUCUUUUUUUCGUUUAUCUCGUUAAGAAUCAGCAUUAUUAUAGCACUUCUACUAGUGUACGUUUACGAUGGACUUCGAUCUAGUUUACAAAAAAAAAAAAAGGACUUCAAUCUUACUUUUUUGAUUCCCUGAUUAA